AUGAAAAAUAUGCAUUUCAAAUUAGUUUUGAUUGUUUGUAUUUUCCAUUCUGUGUACUCCUAUAAUGUUACUGACGAGGGUCGGCUCUUCACGGACUUAUUCUCCAACUACAAUAAAGACCUUCGUGCUGGAAAUGACAGGGACUACCCACUUAACGUGUCGAUGCAAUUCUAUCUGCUCGCAAUAAAAGAAUUUGUGGAGGCGAGCAGCAAAUUCACGGUAAAUGGCGUGUUUGCAAUCACUUGGCGAGAUGAACGUUUAUCAUGGGAUCCAGCGACGUACAAUAACAUCACGAAAACACUAGUGUUCCAGGAAAAAAUAUGGAUACCCAACAUCGUGACUGUAAACCCAUUCGAAGAGGCCUACGGACUCGGAAGUAAUCUCGUCCAGGUAAAUGUGGAUAAUGAGGGAUCCUGUUUUUGGGUGACCAUGCAGUCUUUUGAAGUUAUCUGUGACGCAGACGUAACGUACUAUCCUUUUGAUAAGCAAUAUUGUGUACUUAAGUUUGUUGCUUAUACUCUUGAUGUAGACUGGCUAAAUAUAUCUUUCCCAAAUUCUGAAGUCACUUUGACGAAUUAUGAAGAAAGUGGGUUAUGGAAAAUUGAGGACACGGCCAACUAUUGUUAUAUAGAAGAAGGAUCUACAUAUGUAGUGGUCGGGUUGCACCUAAAACGGAGAUCUACUUACUAUCUAGCGAGUCUCAUACUUCCUAUGACAGUCGUGGCCAUUUUACAGGCAUUCGUUUUUGUUCUACCUAAUGAUUCUGGUGAGAGGGUCGGGUUUUCCGUGACCAUUCUUCUGACAAGCGUGGUUUUCCUUACCAUCAUUCAGGAGAAACUUCCCGAGGCGUCCGAACCAAAUAUUUCUGUUCUCGGAUUUCUUCUGUUUGGAUAUGUGAUUUUAGGAGCACUUGUUACUCUGUGUGUGAUUCUCAGUGCAAACAUCCACUCGUUUACGGAAGCCACCCAUAUGCCAAAAUUGCUAAGAUAUAUAUGUUGUUUGCAAUCAAACAUAGUGGAAGGCACCCUUUCAUCUAGCAGUACGAUGAAAGUUGCAUCGAAGGAGGAAGAAAUGGAAGAGGAGCCCCCAUCAUGUUCUUGGAAUGACGUAGCGAAACGAUUUGACAGAUUCUGCUUUAUUUCCUCCUUGUUUCUAUAUGCUAUUCAAGUAAUCAUUUACUUUGGAUUAUCAGCUUGAACUCCUCUCGUCAACCCAGAGUAGGGGGUAAUCUUGAUCGUUGUGUAUGUAAUACAGGAUAAAUAAGGUACCUCUUCAUGUAGUUUAUGCGUAAUAAUAUCUUGGAAACAGACAUUGGCUGCAUUAUUAAAGAAAAAAUGGAAAUCAUGUAAACUGCAAGGUACCUGCAUAUUUGCAAUACUUCACGUGAUGCAUGAUUGUGUUGUUUGAAUUUUAAGUCCUAGUAAAAAAUGAUUACUCAAGGAAUUGGAAUGAAUGCAUAGAAAAAGUCUUUCACAUUUCCUGUCGAGCGACGGAAGAAUUCCUAUGUGUCGUCUAACCCCUUGUUGUUCGUGAACUCUUGAAUAAAGAUGACUUCUCCUUUCAUUAGAAUUGUGUGAAUAUAACGUUUUACGAAAUUAUUGCAAUAUUUUCAUUUCAAAUUACUCUCAUUUAGUAAUGUGAAUGUUUUUUUUAAGGAUUAUUACCAGUAUGAUAGUUCUCUAUAAACGAAUCAUCGUUUUCUUGCAUACUAUGUUAAUGCUCUCUCAAAUUUGAAUUGUUUUACUUCGUACACUAGUAAUCAUAUAAGAUGCAACUGAAUUGUAUUUGAUAGUAUGGAUGAUCAAGAACCUUGGAAACGGCCAUCAAAGUUUAGGUUUGUCCUAAUGGAAUGAUAACUGUAUGGAUUAUUUGAUUAUAGAUUGAUAUUCGAGCUACCAAAGCGAAGUUUACUAAAUACUUGGGUAUACUGCUCCUUUAAAUAUUAAUUAAACUAUCGAAGUAAUGA